AUGAAAGGCCGCGGCGGGGCCAAGCAGGCCACGCUCUUCCAGGCCUGGGGCGCGCGGCCUGCCCCGGCGGAGGCAGCGGCGGAGGGGCCGCCGCCUCUGCCGGGGCCGGCUUGUCACCCUGAGGCGCCGGGGGGCUUCGUGGGCGGCGCCCCGGGCGCGGUGUGGCUGUUCCCGUGCGGGCCCGGCGUGGAGGAGCGGCCCUACCAGGUGCGGGCGGCGCAGGCGGCGCUGGAGGCCAACACGCUGCUGUGCCUGCCCACCGGGCUGGGCAAGACGCUGGUGGCCGCCGUGGUGCUGGGCAACUUCUGCCGCUGGUUCCCCGGCGGGAAGGCCGUCUUCCUGGCGCCCACCAAGCCCCUGGUAGCCCAGCAGCGCCGCGCCUGCGCCCGCCUCAUGGCCCUGCCCGCCGCCCACGCCGCCGAGAUGACCGGAGGUACCCAAAUUGUGGAUCGCAAAGAAAUCUGGCGCAGUAAGAGGGUCUUCUUCCUUACCCCUCAAAUAAUGACAAACGAUCUUUCCCGUGGAAUUUGUCCUGCAGCGGAGAUUAAAUGUCUGGUUAUUGACGAGGCACACAAAGCUCUUGGAAAUUAUGCUUAUUGUCAGGUUGUGAAAGAAUUAUGCAAGUAUACCCAGCAGUUCCGAAUCUUGGCUCUAACUGCCACCCCUGGCAGUGAUGCAAAGGCUGUGCAGCAAGUUAUUUCCAACCUGUUGAUUUCACACAUAGAACUGUGUUCUGAAGAUUCCCCUGAUAUCCAGCCUUAUUCUUUCGAGCGGCAAGUUGAAAAAUGUGUUGUCCCACUUGGGAAAGAGCUGGCUGAAAUCCAGAAUGCUUACAUACAGGUCCUGGAAGCCUUUGCUGGUCGACUGAUUAGGCUACGAGUUUUGUCCCAACGUGAAAUCCCUGCUCUUACAAAGUAUCAGAUAAUUCUAGCACGAGAUCAAUUCAGGAAAAACCCUGCUUCACACUUCGUGGGAAAGCAACAAGGUGUAAUAGAAGGAGAUUUUGCUCUUUGCAUUAGCUUGUAUCAUGGUUAUGAACUACUGCUGCAAAUGGGAAUGCGAUCAUUAUUUAUCUUCCUGUGUGGAAUUAUGGACGGAACGAAAGGUAUGACACGUGCCAAGAAUGAACUUAUGCGUAAUGAGGACUUCAUGACGUUGUAUAGCCAGCUUGAAAACCUGUUUUCAGACACCACUGUGACUACAGAAAAUGGCAACAGCACAAAACCAGGAGCUGGAAAUAGGAAGCCAUUCAUCUAUAGCCACCCAAAGUUGAAGAAAUUAGAAGACGUUGUUGUAGGACAUUUCAGAUCCUGGAAAGAACAUGGAGAUCAGAACGCAUCUGAAGGUAAACCUGCAGAUACCAGAGUUAUGAUCUUCUCCUCCUUCCGUGACAGUGUCCAUGAAAUUGCAGAGAUGCUCAGCCAGCACUACCCGGUUGUGAGGGUCAUGACAUUUGUGGGCCAUUCUACAGGCAAAAGCACAAGAGGCUUUACACAGAAGGAGCAGCUUGAGGUGGUGAAACAUUUCCGUGAAGGUGGCUACAACACAUUAGUGUCCACGUGCGUCGGCGAAGAAGGCUUGGAUAUUGGAGAAGUUGACCUCAUUGUUUGCUUCGAUGCUCAGAAAAGUCCAAUUCGUCUUGUGCAGCGAAUGGGUCGGACAGGACGCAAGCGGAAAGGGCGAAUUGUUGUCAUCCUGUCUGAGGGACGGGAAGAACGAACUUACAACCAAAGCCAAUCCAACAGAAGAAGUCUUCUCAAAGCUCUUUCUGAAAACAAAGGGCUCCACUUGUACCAGCACAGCCCACGCAUGAUUCCAGACGGCAUAAACCCAAAAAUGCACCGGAUGCCGAUUACACCUGUAGAGGAGGCGGCAGGCACUUCCAGACGCAGCUUGAAAGAGAGGAGAGGUGACACCCUGCUGCCCAGGUGGCUUCCCUAUUCCGCUGGCACAGGUCCGAAGGAAGACAAUCCAACUGACGAAUGGGGCCUUACAUCUGAAGAACUUGAAAGGUGGAAUAGAUUAUAUAAAAUGAAGGCUGGUGAUGGGAUAAAAAAACCAGUGAUGCCUCAAGGUCACUUUGAAACAUUAGAAGAUGAGAAGAAGGAAACGGAGUUGCAAGCUGAAGAGGUUCACGAGCUGUCUCUGACGGAAUGGAGGCUCUGGCAGAAUCGCCCUUUCCCUACCUACCAAGUAGACCACUCGGAUCGUUGCUGCCACUUCAUUGGCAUUAUGGAAAUGAUAGAGCAGAUGAGACAUGAAGAGGGAGCCUGCAGUUAUGAACUGAACAUUCAACCUUACUUUCACUGGGACGAUGUUGAUGCCUCAGAUGUACAGAGAAGCAAAUGCCGCCGUGAUGCCGUGGUUGCUCAAAAGGCUUCCUGGUCCAGACAUAUCCCGGCUGAUGCAUCAAAAGCAAGAUGUUGCUCUUCUUCUUUAGAGGAGCCUGACGCAGAAGGCCUCUCCCUCUUUAAGGCAGCCACUCUCAAAUCUGCGAAGAGGCCUCCAGUGCCGAGGGGGGAAACGGAAAGCUUGUUGCCGUUUGUUGAAGUUGCUGGACAUAAAAGAUUCCCAGAUGAAAACAAAGGAAAACUGGAUGAAUCCGUCAGAGUAAGCAUUCUCCAGAGAAGCUCUGCUGAUCAUGGAAGUGCAGCAGAAAGAGAAUUUCAACCUGCCUCUGAAGGGUGUAGCUCUGGCAACGGACACUGUGUGGACCCUGGCUGUGGUUGCUUGGCGGAAGACCAUUUGCUUCUAUCGUCUUCUCUGUUUUACCUACCAGCACCAGAGAAUGAUUUGUUUGCGCUUUCUGGUGCAAAUGCUGACGAGGAUCCUUCUUGGAGAAACGAGAUCCUAACAAAUGUAGCCAGGCUUCUGUCUCAGUCACCUCCAUCUCCAAAUGAAUUCUUUGAUUUUGAGGGAAGUGGGGAGAACGCGGUUAGGAUCCAGCGAUUAGGAUCAGUGCAACAACGUGUUUCCAGUGUGUUUCCAGACAACCCUCCGGAAAAACAGAUACCCUUCACAAAUUCAUCCACUGCAUCACAGAACCCAUCUGAACCUAUUGACCCUCGUAAACUGUGCUCCUUGAACAACUGUCCUUUGGAAACAAGCUGCAUUUCUGAGGCUUCCAUUAGCAAGAUAAAUGAUCUUAAUUGGGAUGAAAUUUUUGACUGUGACCAUGAAGAGAACGUUGGAAUUCAAGGGGAGAAUCUACCGGUGGCAAAUUGUGGUCCAACCAUGAACACUUCGGGAAGGUGUCAAGAGUCCUGUAAAAGAUCUGAUGAUGUCUCCGUAAAUUUAUUAGAAGGAGGUCAUUCUGUCGAGAGUAACCACCCUCCAGACAGAAAAGGGAGGAAGAUUUCAGUGUUGUCUAACGAAGCAGGAAUCUCUGAAAGGCGGCCUUCAUGUGAGCUUGCUCCCCUCAGCCAUGCAAGCCCCUUAAAUUCACUGGUAAUCCACACGGAUGAAGCUUUGGAAGUAGCUGGUGACCUUGAUCAUGCAAACCACCAACUUCAUGACGAGCUUUAUGAUGCUUCUGAGGAUUUGUUCUCUGUUAACUUUGACCUUGGAUUUUCUGUUCAGGAAUCGGAGGAUGAGACCUCAGAGCAAAUAAGCAACCUGAAAGACGGGCAAAGCCAAGUAACUGUCCACUCUGCUAAUGCUAAGGCCUCUCCCUCAAACAGCAGCAACUUAGCAAGGGAAUCUCCGUCAACCUGGAGUAAUGGAUGUCUUGAUAGGACUAAGUUUUCUACACCAUUACACUUGCAAAACCAGAACUCUGAUAUAGCAACCAUUGAAAACAUUGACCCUCUGGCCUCUCCUUUGAUGCCAACAGGAGAUAAACUGUGUCGAUCACCUGAUUCUGUACAGGCUGUGCUUUCUACACCAACAGGUAGACCGGUGAGGCAUGUUAGUUUCCCCAGGAGAGUCUCUCUGGGUUCUUUCUCAAGAAAGGGUCAGGAAAGCCCGCCAGUGCCAGUGCCAAGCCAAGCAAACGCUGGCACAGUUCAAGUCUCGGCAAACUCAGCUUUCGAAACAGAGGCUCUUGGGACACAACAAACUAGGAAGGCAGAAAACAAAAACCUAAAUGGCUCCAAAGUGUUUUGUGCUGAAGUAGGGGCCAGCCCUGAAAGUGAAGAAGAAAUUGUUUUUCUCAGGAAAAAGAAAAGAAAUGGAAACAUAUUGACAUCUCCAAAUGUUAACCACAGUGACUUUGAAUCACCAAUUCAUGCUGUGAAGAAACGGAGGCGGCCAUUCAUUGAAUCCGACUUGUCUAGUGAUGAAAGCCCGGGUUUUCCUGAGAAAUCAAACCGAAGGCUGGGUGACAUGAAGAGCUGGACCAAGAAACGAGCUGAAGGCAUGAAAAGGCAGAAGAAGGGGGCCGGUGCUGGGACUGGGAAGGCGGUCAAGUAUUUCAUAGAUGAAGAGGCAGAGCUUUCUGAAGAAGGAGCCAUGGAGGUGUCGUCUGAUGAGAGCGUGUGCUCAGAAAAUGAACCCAGCUUCUCCCUCAUGCAGUUCCUUAAUGACGAGGCGCAGAUCACACAAGAUUUAAAUGAGUCUGAGAUGCAGGCAGUUUAUCUGGAAUCAGUACGCAGCCCAGCUGUUGGCAACAGGUUUAAGAUGGUACAUAAAGGACGCAACUCGUUGGCUGUUUUUUCUCAGGUUCCAGAGCAGGACGAAAGCUACUUAGAGGACAGCUUUUGUGUUGACGACAACGAGGAGGGUGAUCCCCAAAGCGGUUCUGGUGAAGAAGACGAAGUUUGUGUCAACUUCAACCUGUUACAGGAGGAAAGUUUUGCAAAUGGGAGAAAGCAAUACUGCACCCGCCGCAGGAGAAAACUGAAAGAGGCCCGCGUAGGGCAGGGAGUGGAGACUCCGUUGUUGCCAAAGAAACUUUCCCGGAUUCGGAUCCUUGACAGCUCUAGUGAAGAUGAAGGAGGGCUCAGUAGUGAGGUGCCCACGGAACCACCCUCCACCACUAAAGCUGGCAAGCCGGCUUUGGACCGUUCUCUGAACCACAAGAUGUCUGCUCCAAAGAGGCGAAUCCCUCCGCCCCAGGAGAGCAGGGCCCAAGUGCUCCUGGGACUAAAAGCUUGCUUGUCAGAAGAGCUGGACUUCCGCCCUCCGUGCAAAGAUCAAGGCAAAUGGGAACUUGUGGACAGGGGUCCCCAGCCAACGCUAAAGCCGGAGAGGAGUUCGGGCCAGCUUCCUGCACUCUGCUCUUCUCCUUCCACCCGGUUGUCUUCUGGCUCCCUGGGGAACCAAGCGCCUCUUUGCAUUCUGGUGGACAGCCGUGAGAUCUCCUCUGGGCCAGAUGUCAUUUCUACCCUGAAAGCUGUUCACGGAGUCAAGAUCCAGGUUUGCUCCCUGGGUAGCUGCGAUUACGUGGUCAGCAACCGGCUGGCAGUGGAGAGGAAAUGCCAGGCGGAGCUGCUGAACGGGGCGAUCCGGAAUAAAGUGGUCCAGAGAGUGCAGGAGCUGAAGAGCAAGUUUGACAGGAUCUGUGUGAUCGUGGAGAAGGAGAGAGUCAAAGCAGGAGAGGCACGGAGAGCGUUCCACAGAACCAAGCACUACGACGGCAUGCUCUCAGCUUUCAUCCGGGCAGGAAUCAAAGUGCUGUUCAGCUCCAGCCAAGAGGAAACGGCUGACUUGCUGAAGGAGCUGGCUUUGGUGGAGCAACGGAAGAACGCGGCGAUCCUCCUGCCAACGGAGGUGGUGGAGGGGCCCAGGCAGGAAAGGCUCCGCUUCUACUUAAGCAUUCCUUGCGUCAGUUACACGCUGGCGCUGGCCUUGUGUCAGUGCUUUGGCAGUGUGAAAGAGAUGGCGAACAGUUCGCCAAGCGAGGUGGCAGCCCGCACCCGGGUGACUCCGCAGAAGGCAGAAGAGGUCUACCACUACAUCCGUUACGGCUUUGAUGCUCAGCUGCUGCCUGAGAUGAUCACGUGACCAACUUCAAGUCAGAGUGGGCAGCCCUAUUAAAUAGAUGCACUUUAUUAUAACGUUCUCUCAGGCUAUUUCAGGCUACCGUUUUCUUGUAGAAAUAGGCAGCUGUAAAUGAAACCUCCUCCUUCAUUGGAGGGAACGUCUACUUAUUUCGUGGGCAGGGCCAUAUCCAUCAAAGUAGGCUCUUAGGUGUUUGAGGAGACCCCCUACCCCAAGAGGUGGGAAACUUGCGGCCCUCCAGAUGUUCUAGCCUACCAGCUCCCAAGGGUGAAGGGUCCAUGGGAGUUGUGGCCCUCGGUUGUUUUGGCCGACGAGUUGCCCAGCUCUGCACCAGCCCAUUCCAGUUUCUGAAGCUUCUGCACGUACAUUUUACUUCCAAAGUAUUUUCUGGCUGAUUUUGCCCCCCAAAAUUCUUAAAAAUGGAGGUUUGGUACUAUUUGUGACAGUUAGGCUAAGGAUUUAGUCUAGAUGUGUUCGGUGUUUUGGAGGGAGAUUCUGCACAAAAAUGAUGAGGAUCUGUAGGAAUUUGUGUGUUUCUGAUCAAUGUGCUGGAAAGCACGGGGCAGGGAGGGGCGGAGCAGUGCGUGCACUUUUAUUAUGGCUUCACCAUUGCUUCAUCCAUGGAAUUUGACAGACUGAUUAGUAGUCCUCAAGUGUUCUCCCACUGCAGCGUCUGCCUUUGUUCUUACCAGAAAAAUUCUUCUGUUCAGGAAGAAAAGAUGGGUGUGCACAGUGCCUUUUGCAAGUGACAGGAGGCCUCUGCCUGGAAGCGCCCAAAGUGACGU